AUGCCUCCCACAUACUUCCCUUUGAGAUGGGAGAGUACUGGAGAUCAAUGGUGGUUUGCAUCUCCUAUUGAUUGGGCAGCUGCUAAUGGGCAUUAUGAUUUAGUCAGGGAGCUUCUUCACCUUGACACAAAUCUGCUUAUUAAACUCAGCUCUUUGCGCAGAAUUCGUCGUCUUGAAUCUGUGUGGGACGAUGAAGAACAGUUUGAUGAUGUAGCCAAAUGCCGGUCCCAAGUUGCGCAAAAGCUCCUCCAAGAAUGUCAGACCAAGAAAGGACACAAUUCCCUGAUCAGGGCUGGCUAUGGUGGUUGGCUUUUGUACACUGCUGCAUCAGCUGGGGAUGUGAUUUUUGUUAAAGAAUUGUUGGAUAAAGACCCCCUUUUAGUAUUUGGAGAAGGGGAAUAUGGUGUUACUGACAUAUUUUACGCAGCUGCUAGAAGCAAGAAUUCCAAGGUUUUUAGGCUGGUGUUGGAUCAUGCGAUGUUGAGAACUCAUAACAGUAGCUCUAAAGGGGAAAAUGAGGAGGUUUCUUCAGAUUUCAAGAGGGAAAUGGUUAAUAGAGCUGUCCAUGCUGCAGCUAGAGGAGGGAAUUUGGAGAUUUUGAGAGAACUUCUUAAAGAUGAAUCUGAUGUCUUGGGUUAUAGAGAUGGCCUGGGAUCCAUAGUAUUACAUACAGCAUCAGGCAGAGGGCAGGUUGAGGUAGUUAAACAUUUAUUAUCGUCCUUUGACAUCAUCAACACCACAGACAAUCAAGGUAACACAGCAUUAAAUGUGGCUGCUUACCGGGGUCACCUAAACGCAGUAAAGGCCCUUGUAUCAGCAUCUCCUUCGUGUGCAUCCCUAACAAACAAUUAUGGAGAUACUUUUCUGCACAUGGCCGUGGCUGGCUUCCGAACCCCUGGAUUCCGAAGAUUGGACCGACAGAUAGAGCUCAUGAAACAAUUAGUUGGUGGAAAAAUUGUAAAUAUUGAAGACGUUAUCAAUGUUAAGAACAGUGACGGUAGAACUGCCCUUCACAUGGCCGUAAUUGCGAACGUUCAAUCUGACAUUGUGGAACUUCUUAUGUCGGUGCGUUGUAUAAAUUUAAAUAUCUGUGAUGCACAUGGAAAUACACCUCUGGAUCUCCUCAAGCAAAGACCAAAAUCGGCUUCUUCUGAGAUUUUAAUCAAGCGGCUGAUUUCAGCUGGAGGAAUCUCUAAUUGUCAAGAUCAAAUUACUAGAAGCGUUCUUACUUCCCAUCUGAGGAUGCAGGGAAUUGGAGGCAGUCCCGGAACUUCUUUCAGAAUCCCGGAUACAGAGAUAUUUUUGUAUUCUGGAAUUGGGAAUGCAUCUGAUGUUAGUUGUGAUUUAACAAGUGAGUAUGCUUCAUGCUCGGGUGAACUGAAUCGCUUUGAUUCGCCUGCUGGGUCGAGCUCAACUAGUAAGAAGAAAUCAGAUUCUGUUAAUAAAGCUGCUAUGCGUCUUAAGAUUCUUCUUCGUUGGCCGGGGAAGAAAGAAAGGAAAACAGACAUCACUGAGUUGGAGGACGAUAAUUCUGUAGAAUCAUACAGAAUCUGUUCAAGUUUCAAAAACAGCCCAGUUCCACUUAGGCAAAAGUUUUCAAAAAUAUCAUCCCUGCCUAACAACAAAAGAGUACUUGCUAUAAGGAGUAACCUUCCGAGUCCAUCCACCAAAGAGAAAUUUGCUGCAGAGUUAUCACAUGGUGUUAUGCAAAUGAUGCCAGAGUCAUACUUUGGAUCACCUUCCAUUCCUUUUUCCGAAUCAUCUUGGUCAUCUGCUGUAUCUGCCAAUAAAGAGAAGGACAUAGAUUUCGACAGUGCUGGUGCGGGACCCUCCAGUGUGAAUCAAUCCCCUAAAAUUCAGAAGAUGAAAAUGAAGCACAGACACUCCUCCUUCAACAUCAGGUCGAUGAAUCACUACUUGUGUUUUGGUGCUCAAGGCCUUGCUGUGGAUAAUCAGAAUCAUAAAAAGCUAGCUGUUUAA